AUGUCUACCGACUGGUCUAUUGCCUUUAAGCCAAUUCUCGACCUUCACUCUAAGGCCAUUUUUGCUGCAGGUUCCUCAUCUGUUGGAAAGCCUGUGGUGAGGAAGAUUCGGAGGGCCAUACUAGCUGCUCAAGACGAGCAAGAGGAACCCAUUGCCUUGCCUACUUCCUUGAAAAAGGCAAUAAAAGAAUACUAUGCCAAAAGUCUCAAAGACAAGGAAGAGGCAGACGAACGUGAGGCAGCGAGUCGCCCAAGAGAACCAUCUUUCUAUAAGAAACCCCUGUCUGAGUGGGACGUAGCACAGAAAUUAUUUAAGCAGGAGAUCGACUCAUAUGACAAGGCCCAACAACAGAGUAAAGGCUUGGAGUAUUCAAUCAAGUACCGCACUGGGAAUGCCAGGGAGUGGUUCAACAACAUGACACCUUCACAACAGCAGGAGGUCAAGUUUGCCAUGAAGAAAUGGAAUGAGGAGGGGGCGCCAGAAGAAACUCAGGCAAUAUAUCGUAAGAAUAACCUCAAGAAAACUCUGGAAGAUUUUGCAGAGCAAAUUCAGCGCACCAUUGUCAUAUCCCGUGUUCUGGGUCCGGACCUAUCACACUCAUCAUUUCCGGAUUUCCGGAUCCGGCCGACUUCUAUGUAUUGUCCGGAUCCGACCCGCGUCUAA